AUGAAAAAUUCACUUCGACAUCGCCUUUGGCACCGGGAAUGCGGGGAUCAGUCCCAAUAUGCCGGGCUUCGAGGGAUCUACGGGUCCAAGGAAUGGGUCGAUGAUCUGGACAUCGUAAAUGAGCUUGGCGGGCAUACGGGUUGUGUGAAUGCACUCAGUUGGUCACGAUCAGGACGCCUUUUGGCAUCCGGCUCGGAUGACCAGUAUGUCAACAUUUACUCCUACCAGUCCGAAUCCUCAAGUGCCCCCUUCGCGCUCAAUACCAGUCUAUUCACCGGUCACAGGGCCAACAUCUUCUCUGUGAAGUUCAUGCCACAUUCCAAUGACGGGACUCUGGUCACAUGCGCAGCUGACUCGACCGUGCGCGUAUUUGAUAUUGAAUAUUCCAGUGGCAGGAGCGACUCCACCACGUCUACGUUCGAGUCUUCCGCCCGGAGCCGCCGCUUCACCGAUUUCUUCAACAAUACACGAUAUCUGACCGAUGGCAACACCAAUGCUAGGAUCUAUCGCAGCCACGCCGAUCGCGUGAAGCGCAUUGUCACCGAAUCCUCUCCAUACCUCUUCCUUACAUGCUCCGAGGAUGGCGAGGUUCGCCAAUGGGAUCUGAGACUACCAUCUAGUGCAUAUCCUGCUCCACGGGGUGGCCAAGGGUUCAUGUCAUACCGGCCAGGACACCACCAUGAUGACUCGAAUGUGCCACCCCCAUUGAUUUCUUACAAAUCCUUCAAUCUGGACUUGAACACUAUCUCCUGUUCACCGAGCCAGCCGCACUACAUCGCUCUAGGUGGUGCUCACAUGCACUGUUUUCUGCACGAUAGACGCAUGAUCGGCGGUGACAAGUCGGCAGGGAGCAGAAGUGCUGCAGGGACCCCAAGCGUUGGUAGUGCUGCAGAUGAGGAGAUGAGCAAGGCCACACGCUGCGUACGAAGAUUUGCACCUGGUGGAAAAAAUCACCCAAAAUACGCCGCCGAUGGACACAUCACUGCAUGUAAAAUCAGUGAUGCGAACCCCAAUGAGAUGGUUGUCAGCUGGUCUGGAGAUCACAUCUAUAGUUUUGAUUUGGUUCGCAGUCCAGAUGCCCGAGAAGGCCGUGAAGAAAAUAAAACACUGAAGGGUAAGAGUGCAAGAACCCGACGCAGCUCGCGGAGCCGAAAGCGCAAGCGCCAGAAGCCCGCAACACCUUCGUCACAAGAAAGUGGUGCUAGGCAUCAAUCACGCCGUCGAUCCGAGGAGCCGGAUACUUUCAGGAUACAGUACGAGAAUGGCGAGGAAGAGGAUGUUCCUUUCCAUGCGUUCUCGGAUACAGCCCCGGAUACAGCCGAGGGUAUCCUCGAGCAAGCUCGGUAUGCCGUGCUUAAUGAAGCCCAGCGAUUGAGUAUGCAUAUCGCGAAAGGUUUGGUCAGACUCCGCAAGACUCUCUUCUCUCUUGAAGCGACGAUCCGAGAAGCCACCAGCUCCGAUGAAGUCGAACCUGAGUCCUACGAGGCAUGUUUCUCAACUGCUUUAGAGAUCGCGAUGGAGUAUCUUCCUCAGAUGGAUGAAGUCAUGCGCCAAUGGAGUUAUCCUAUGAACCCAUCUCAAGACACUGUUACUUUUCAGCAAUCCCUUCGACGAAAUCGCCAGUCAUCGUGGAGAUUCGUGCAAGCAUCAGGUGCCCUCGCUUAUGCUUUGUCAAGUGAACCUAUAGAGCCAGAAUCAAUCUUCCAAAUGAUCAAACCUGCGCCCGGUGAAGACAGUAUGGACCCCGAUGCAAAAUUCAGCUAUGAGUUCCUUCGAGCAAUCCUAUUAUGGCUUCAAGGUGGAAGGGAGCGUCUCCUCAAAGGGUUCCAGCGCCACAACUCUCCUCGCCGAUUACAUGACCGGUACCCAAUUCCAGAUGAGAGUCAGGAAGACGCUAUUGAGACUAUACUAGUGCCCUACCUCAUGGAGAUGGCCCGCGAUGUUCCAAUAGUGAACGUCGAUGCCUCUAGAUUUGAGCACGACAGUUCUCGUGUCUUGUUCCGCACUCAGCGCGCCGCCGUUACAGCGUUUGGGAACGCUGCUCGGUUACCUUUGGAGGAUCUUGGUGACUCGGCUGCCACGUUUGACAGACGUAGGAUCUCUGAUCCUUCUUCGCACGUCCGCUCUCUUGAUCGUGCCUCUGCGCGACGCUUCUGGCUCUUGAGAGUCGGGAGAGGUGUAUUGAUGGAAGCAGGCAGUGACGUCAAUUACAUGUUUGUCAACAAUGCUUUUGGCGGAUUGCGUGCUGUGGCGGAUUCCUCCGAUAGUGAAUCGGAAAGAGAUCAAACUGAUAUCGAUCCCAAUGCGGAGGAGGAACGGAUUCGGCGUAUUGAAUUGAUCAGGGCGGGUGAUCGCUCAAGUCAGGCUGACAGUCGCCCUGGAGAUCUUCGGGGAGAAGGCCCUUCUUCGGAUAUUUCUAAUGACGAUGGAAGCGACAGCGAACCCAAUGCUGUCGAGGCAGAUGACGAUGGUGAUGAUGAUGACGACGAUAUUGAUUCCUGGCACCUGAGCUCUUCGGAUGAAGAAAAUCCGUACGACUCAGAUGACUCUUCUUCCUCAUCUGGUUACGUGAUUCCCAAAUUACGCCAGGAGGCUGUCGAGCGACAAGCUCCUUGCUCAAGCCAUAUCCGAAGCUAUCGUGGACAUUGCAACGUCAAGACCGUGAAAGAUGUCAACUUCUUCGGCUUGGAUGACGAAUACGUGGUCAGUGGCAGUGACUCAGGCCACCUUUUCAUAUGGGACCGGAAGACUUCUAGUCUGGUCAAUAUUCUAGAAGGUGACAGUGAUGUAGUCAAUGUCAUUCAAGGCCACCCAUACGAACCAAUGAUCGCUGCCUCGGGAAUCGACAACACUAUCAAAAUCUUCUCUUCGGACCGGAAUGCUCAAGAGGAUGCCCGCAACGGUGUCAACAUCCUGGACCCAGACAACGCAUCUAACAUCCUCGGUCGAGGCUCUAGGGUUGGGGGUCUCGAAAGCAAGAAGCGUAUUCAUGAAAGCUACCGAAUCAUGAGCCAGAACGACGUUGAGCGUCGUGGCGGUAUGAGCGAAGCACAUAUCACAAGGGAGAUGCUCGCACGGUUGACUACCAACUUGAGAGAGCGACAGGGUGCUGCAGCAGCUGGCCUCGAGGUCCUCGAUACUAUGGAAGAGCAUGCAACAGUGAUUGCGGAUGAUAACUGCACGGUGAUGUGA